AUGUUUACUUUACCAGCAUUAACCUCUGACGUUGGUGUCAAUGUCAACACCUCUGCCAAAUUAACUGGCACCUCUCGUCGCCCAUUAGAACCAGUUGGUAAAUUUUUCUUACAACAUGCUACCAGAACUUUAAGAAACCAUACCUGGUCUGAAUUCGAAAAGAUUCAAGCUGAAGAAAACGUCAAGAACGUUGAAGAAUCUAACGUUGACCCAGACGAAUUACUAUUCGAUAUUGAAUUAGCCGAUGAAACUUUGUUACAUCACGAUGCUAGAGACUGGAAGACUGCUGAUUUAUACGCCGCUAUGGGUCUUUCUAAAUUACGUUACAACGCCACUGAAAACCAAAUUAUCAAGGCUCACAGAAAACAAGUUGUCAAGUACCAUCCAGACAAGCAAUCUGCUGCUGGUGUCGGUUUAGAACAAGAUGCUUUCUUCAAGAUUAUCCAAAAGGCUUUUGAAACUUUAACUGAUAAGACGAAGAGAAUGCAAUACGAUUCCUGUGAUUUCGUCGCUGAUGUUGAACCACCAAAGAAGGGUUCUGAAUACGAUUUCUUCGAAGCCUGGGGCCCAGUUUUCGAAUCCGAAGCUAGAUUCUCUAAGAAAACUCCAGCUCCACAAUUAGGUGACAUGGAAACCGAAAAGAAGGACGUUGAAAGUUUCUAUUCCUUCUGGCACAGAUUCGACUCCUGGAGAACCUUUGAAUUCCUAGAUGAAGAUGUCCCAGAUGAUUCCUCUAACAGAGACCACAAACGUUACAUUGAAAGAAAAAACAAGGCUGCCAGAGAUAAGAAGAAGACUGCUGACAACUCCAGAUUAGUCAAGCUUGUCGAAAGGGCCAUGAACGAAGAUCCACGUAUCAAGAUGUUCAAGGAAGAAGAAAAGAAGGAAAAAGAAAGAAAGAAAUGGGAAAGAGAAGCUGGUGCCAGAGCUGAAGCUGAAGCUAAAGCUAAGGCUGAAGCUGAAGCCAAGGCUAAGGCCGAAACUGAAGCUGCUGCUGCUGCAUCUGCUAAGGCUGACAAGAAGAAGUCCAAGGAAGCUGCCAAGGCUGCUAAGAAGAAGAACAAGAGAGCCGUCCGUAACGCUGGUAAGGACAACGAUUACUUCGGUGAUGCUGACCAAGCUGCCACAAUUGAUGAACAAUUAGGUUUAAUUGUCGACUCCUUUGAUGACGAACAAUUAGUCGAUGUUGCUGCCAAGAUCAAGGCCAAUGCUUCUGAAUCCAAGGCCAUUUUACAAGAGUCUGCCAAGGCCAUGAUCGAUUCCGGUAAGUUACCAGCCAGUUUAUUGUCCUACUUUGCUUAG